UUUUAGUCCCUUCUCCAAGCGCACGAUGUGGUGGCGCACGAAGUGUACGGAGAAGACGCGAUGCGCGUCACGCCACCCCCACUCCUACCUUACCUCAACGGCGGUGACGAUCUGGACGGCCCGAAUGGCGAGAUCGAGAUGGAAAACGUCACCAGGGUGCGGCUGGUUCAGUUUCAGAAGAAUACUGACGAACCUAUGGGUAUAACGCUCAAAAUGAACGAAGAUGGAAAAUGUAUAGUGGCUAGGAUAAUGCACGGUGGUAUGAUCCAUCGACAAGCCACCCUCCACGUAGGUGACGAAAUUAGAGAAAUUAAUGGAAUUCCUGUCAUUAACCAAUCUGUCAAUGCGCUCCAAAAAAUUCUCAGGGAAGCACGAGGUUCAGUUACUUUUAAGAUUGUACCUUCUUACAGAAGCGCUCCGCCACCUUGUGAGUUGUUCCGGAUCAAACCUCUGCCAGUUUUAAUAUUUGUUCGAGCGCAGUUUGAUUAUGAUCCUUUAGAAGAUGACCUCAUCCCAUGUGCCCAAGCUGGUAUUGCCUUCAAAACUGGUGAUAUUCUCCAAAUAAUUAGUAAAGACGAUCACCAUUGGUGGCAAGCGAGGAAAGAUAACGCUGCUGGCAGCGCAGGCCUUAUCCCAUCUCCAGAACUACAAGAAUGGAGGGCUGCAUGCGCAGCCAUGGAGAAAACAAAACAGGAACAAGUGAAUUGCUCAAUAUUUGGUCGAAAAAAGAAACAGUACAAGGACAAAUAUUUGGCGAAGCAUAAUGCCGUUUUUGACCAAUUAGAUUUAGUUACUUACGAAGAGGUUGUGAAAUUGCCCAUGACUGAUCCUGCAUUUCAAAGAAAAACGCUGGUGCUGCUUGGAGCCCAUGGAGUCGGUAGGAGACAUAUAAAAAACACGCUUAUAGCCAAACAUCCAGAUCAGUAUGCUUAUCCAAUACCACAUACAACGAGGCAACCCAGGUCAGACGAAGAAAACGGUAGGAACUACUUUUUCGUGUCACACGAUGAGAUGAUGGCUGACAUAGCGGCGAACGAGUAUCUAGAAUAUGGUACGCAUGAGGAUGCUAUGUACGGCACGAAAUUAGACACGAUUAGAAAAAUCCAUCAAGACGGUAAAAUAGCUAUCCUCGACGUUGAACCACAGGCACUGAAAGUGCUUCGGACUGCUGAGUUCUCACCAUUUGUUGUGUUCAUAGCUGCCCCCGCACUGCAAAACAUAGCAGAUUUCGACGGUAGUCUGGAAAGAUUAGCCAAGGAAUCCGAUAUGCUUCGGCAAGCCUACGGGCAUUAUUUCGAUCUAACUAUAAUUAAUAACGAUAUCGACGAGACGAUCACCGCCCUAGAAUCGGCAAUCGAGCACGUCCAAACUGCGCCCCAAUGGAUCCCGGUGUCUUGGGUCUACUGACAAGACGAUUACUAUCCGGACGACCUGGGCUCAUUAUACCAGAACUUUUGAGCCAGCUCGUCCGCCGUGGAUCGCCUCUUCGAACCAUCUAGUGUGUUUGUUGUUUAUACAACGUGAUACCCGAACACGACAUUCUGAUUCUAAGCGUUUAAAUAUCUUUUAAUGAUUAUUUGUUUUGUUAUCUGUACAGUGAUUGGACUAAAAAAACUUGCAUUUUGGUCGAUUAUCUAUAAUCACGAUUCAAAGACUUGUGAAAUUACAUCGUACAAAAAUAUCGUGAAGGGAUCAUUUAAAGUCACAAAAGUGUAAAAAUGCACGUCACGAACAUCUUUAGCGAAUGUGUUUUAACGUAACCUCCAUUCGAGUUAUCAAAAAAUAAUUCAGCACUAAUCAAAAAUCAUUUCAUGAUUUGGUGGCAUUCCUUCAUAAUAUAUAUGAGGAUAUAUAAAAAAUUAUUGAUUUGAAUCUUAUAGAAAAACGACCAAAAUAACGCGAAAUAUUUUAUUGUCCAACAAGUAGUUUAGACGAAAAUUUAAAUAUAUAUUCUUCAGCUCUUCUUAAGUAAAUUUACAGAAAACUAUUAGGGUAUAAUAGGGGUUUAUUUGAAAUAAUAUUAAAAAGAAACAUGAUGGUUUAUUCCAAAUGAAAUAACCAAAAAAUUGAUUUAAUUUCAGUUAUGGCUAUUUCUAGGCUACCCUAAUUCGUAAGACAUAUUAUAG